GCCCGCCUGGGCACCAUGGGUCUGUGGCUGCUCCUCUUUGUGACAAGUGACUCACUUUGUGACAAGUGACAAGCAAGCUCUCGGGCUAGGGCUUUAUUGGCCCAGUUGAGCAGGGAUUGGCCUCCGGGAUCAGCUGCCCAUUACUACAGCCUAAGUGGCAUCUUUGCACUGCAGUACUUAAUUGUCCAGAUUUUUGCAGAUGAGUCAGUGCCGGUGGCGCAGGAGCAAAGUGGCUGGAUCCUGACUGCUAGGAGCUCCGGCUCAAGACACACAUGCCCGCCCCCCCCCAGCCGCCGCAGUGCUUUAUACUGGGCACUAAAGUGUCUGAGACCCUCUCUGGCAGAGUUUUAAGGGUACCACAAAAAGAGAGUUGUAAAUAUUACUGGGGACCAUCUGAUAUGUUAAUGGUUCAUGAAAGCUAGCUAGCCACUAUCUAGGAGAAGUGAAGCCAGCUGGCCGCCAAAGACGCACUGCCUAGAAAGUGAAAUGGACAAGCAAGACACAUGCAGAGCAAGAGGAGCCUUCCAGAGAGGAGACUUGAUCUGAUUUUCCUUGUUGUUCAAUAUACUUUCUUGAAGCUCUUCAAUUGCCUGCUUGAUAAAUGAGGGCUCCAGCAGGUACGUUAAGUACUUGUCCAGUUAUUUGCCUGUUCAUUCACCAGGUGUUGAUGUAACCAUGGCAGUGGGGAGAAUGACACCCCCGCUCCUUUUCAGACCAUACCUCUGCUCCCCUCAAACUGACUGGAGCAGCCUUACAGAUUUGCCUCUUAGCUAAGAGAGCUGCUGGAGAGAGAUUCCGAGGAGCAGAGGCUGAGGGGAGACAGAGCUGCAAAGCUAGUUCACAGCAUCUGUUUCAGUCACCAGCCGGACUGGAAACAGCACUGAAAUCUCAGCUGGCUGCAGCACUGCUGGUGGGCAUGACCGUUUUGGAGCUGAACAUAAGCAAGGCUGAUAUAUUUUGAGAGGAUCUAGCCCGCAGCCCAUUGCAAAGAAAUUUGAUGCUGGCAAGCAUUUCAACAAAAUCUUUUCCAAAGAGCAUUAUUUCUUAAGAGAAAAAACUGCAUAGGAGCAAAUUAAAUUUUUGCAAAGUCUACACAUUUGCUUGACUGAAAUCCUAACUGGACACUCCAGCUGUCUUUAACAAACUGUUGUUUAUCAAGUGCUGGGUUCCAGCUUCUUGAAAACAGAAGGCAAUAGUGCUGCCUGCUUUUAUCUUCUUCUGGAGCUGAAAUAAGCCGUUUGGAGGAAAUGAGAGUAGAAGAGGCAACAGCAUCUUUGACAAGUCAUAUGAAGUGCUCAGAACUGUAGGGGGACUGAUUCUAAAUGUGAACACUCAAAUCAAAUGUUAUCCAAGAUUGCUUUCUCCUCUAGAAAUCCCCUCUCUGUGAGAAAGAGAGACUGAAGCUGGAGAAGAGAAACACAAAGGAGUGGAUCUGAUUUCAGUCCUCCAGCCCCACUGCCAAGAACUCAGCCACCCUUUAGAGUUGGAGAAGGAGCCAGGGACUGGCUGCAUUAUGGAAAGUGAGGAAGAUUGUGAGCCACUUUGGGACAGAAAACCAUCUUCACCUGCCUUUUGCUGUGUCACCUGCUUUGCGAACUUCUUGUUGAAAAGUGACACUUUCUGCCCUGCCAACAGCAGCCCCCCAUUCCUUCAGAAUGAAAGCCACAGCCAUAGCUGUAAGGAGAGCUAUACCUUCUCAUCUUACUAUCAGCAUUCUUCUCCAGUAGCUGCCAUGUUCAUCAUCGCCUAUCUCUUUAUCUUCUUCAUGUGCAUGAUUGGAAACAUGCUGGUGUGUUUCAUUGUGGUGAAGAACAGGCAAAUGCGAACAGUCACCAACGUAUUCAUCCUUAACCUGGCUAUCAGCGAUGUGUUGGUGGGGAUCUUCUGCAUGCCGACCACCCUGGUGGACAACCUGAUUACAGGUUGGCCAUUUAACAUUUUCAUGUGUAAAAUGAGUGGGCUGGUCCAAGGGAUGUCUGUCUCGGCUUCAGUUUUCACUCUAGUGGCCAUUGCAGUGGAAAGGUUUCGCUGUAUAGUGUACCCAUUCAGACAGAAGCUAACCCUAAGGAAAGCCCUGAUCACCAUUGUUAUCAUUUGGGUCUUAGCCCUAAUCAUCAUGUGUCCCUCUGCAGUCACUUUGACUGUCACCAGGAAUGAAUACCACUUCAUGCUGGAUGCCUACAACAAUUCCUAUCCACUCUACUCCUGCUGGGAGGCAUGGCCAGACCAGGAGAUGCGUAAGAUCUACACAACCAUUCUCUUUUCUCACAUUUACCUUGCCCCUCUCACCUUGAUUGUCAUCAUGUAUGCUCGGAUUGCCUUCAAACUGUUCAAGUCAUCCAUGCCCAUAGGAGGCUCACAGCCAGAAGAGAAUGAAGGAAGAAGGGUCUCCAAGAGGAAAGUCAAAGUAAUCAACAUGUUGAUUAUUGUGGCAUUGUUCUUCACUCUCUCUUGGUUGCCCUUAUGGACUUUAAUGCUGCUGACAGACUAUGGGAACCUCACUGAGUAUCAACUCAACCUCAUUACGGUUUAUUUUUUCCCCUUUGCGCAUUGGCUGGCCUUUUUUAAUAGUAGCAUUAACCCAAUCAUCUAUGGGUACUUCAAUGAGAACUUCAGGAGAGGAUUCCAAGAGGCCUUCAAAGUCCAGCUUUGCUCCAUGGAAAGGGAACACAAAGACACCUAUUCUGAUAGGAACAAUAGCGGAUUCCUCUUUGGGGCACGCAAUCGGAUUUUUGUUGAAGUUCAGGGCAGUGACUCAGUACAGCCCUCUGAGUCUGGACAAAGUAGCCUCCUGAGAACUGGAUUGUUUCCAACAAGUAAUGGUCGAGUAGCUCACCACGGGCUGAUGGUGGAGGAUUUUGACAGUAAAGGUUGCUCUCCCAAUAGCGUCAGUAGCCCAGCUUGGGAUAUCUAAGGAUAUUUGAGAUUCCUGUGAGAUUGAGAUUGACUUUACUAUACAUCAAUGUUAUUUCCAAUGCAUAUGAACCAAACACAUUUCAAGUAAGCUAAGACCAAACUCUUUACCACUGUGGCUAUCCAAGAGAAAAUAUGUGACAUUUGGAGUAGCUUCCUCUUCUUCUUAGAUUUUGAUACUUCAGUAUAGCAUGGACCAGUUUUUAUCAAGUUUUUCUGUGUACAAAUGCAUAAUGUCUCCUUAAAACCAUGUUCUGGUUGGGCCUCAAAAGAGAUCUUGGGGUUCAGGUCUGUGCUUAAAGAGGAACUAGGCACAACAGUUAUUUUGAUGUAGAAGGUCUGCACAGUUGUCUGCUACUGGUCAGCUACCUCUUAUGUUAGAGAUUACUGGCUGUGCUACCUCAUAUUUAAAAAGCAAGGUAAGGGAGAAAAACUCUCCAUUUAGGGGAUAGGAGGAUAAACAGGAGGAUAGCAGCAGAGAGGCAUACUGAAAGCAGGUCAAAUAAUUUACUUUACCUAAACUCCAUCAUAUCCCCAUUACUUUUUGUAAGAUGAAAUCGGAAUAAUUUCUUCGUUACUGUUGUUGUAUUUGCUGCUUCCACAUGGUUGGAUCCUACAUCCCACUAGAUUUUGUGGGGGAUCUUGUGGCAUCCAAGAUUUCCAGGGAAUCCCAUCCAUGUGGCACACUCUGGUCUGCUUAGCUUCCAAGAUUGGAGAGAAUUGCAUUUGAGGCACUAUAACUCUAGGCAUUUGAACACUACCACACCUCUAUGAUAACAUGGUGAUAUAGAAACUAUGGGGGAUGGAUGGAUGACAAAAGCACCACUCUGGAUUCCAGUUGACAGAACUGACAAACUUACAAAAGUCUGAGGGUCACAGCCACAUAGCCUGAUCUACAUAUCAUUGAAACAGACUAUGUAGUGACUACGUGCUGUGACUACGUGGGUGUUUAAUUUCACCCAUGUGAUUGUGAUUAAACCAGCUUCAAUGUUCUGUGCACUGCAACCAUCAUGCCCCACCCCCGCAUUCCAGUGAGACAAAUAAAUUUAAUCUCCAAUACCUGAAGUUCAGGGAGAAAAAUGGCCCACAUUAAAAAGCACCAAAUAAGACCCAUGAUUAUUUAGAAAGCCCAUACACCACUGAGCAACAUUAUUGUUGCUAUUAAUCAUUCAUAUAUCACUUCAAGCAUGCAAAGUUACUUAUAGUCCAUUUCCCAUUCUUUCUCAAAACAAGACCCUCGGAUUCUCCUUUUAUAUGAAAUAGUAACCUGUCCAGGGUUGCACUGUGUGAUACAUGAAUCCAAAUCCAAGUCCAGUAGUCUGCUAGCUAAAGGGUCAAGCUGGACUUUCUUCUCCCAUAUGAAAAGACACCAACACACACACACACACACACACACACACACACACACACACACACAAAGUUGUUCUAGUACGGACUAAUCUGCCUACUUUCCUUUCACUAUCUCUAUAACUGGACUAAAUUUGGUUCAAAUCGAGGCCCACAAGUAAGAUCUCUUGCACCUCAAAAGUUUACAUGUCUGCCAUCUUGAAUUGGGCUGGAUGACAUCAUCACAAACUAUGCCAUUGAGGUGUCCCUGUGUGUCACUCACUACAAUUGUACCUCAUUUGGUUCAAAUUGGUUAGACAGUCCACAAGUUAGCCCACUUGAACCUCAAACGUUCACACAUCCACCAUUUUGAAUUGGAGUGGAUGAUAUAAUCACAAACUAUACCAUUGAGGUGUCCCUGUGUGUCACUCACUACAGCUGUACCUCAUUUGGUUCAAAUUGGUUAGACAGUCCACAAGUUAGCCCACUGGCACCUAAAAUGUUCAUAUGUCUGUCGUAUGAACCGGGGUGGAUGACAUAAUCACAAACUACACCAUCCCUAUGUGUCCCUACAGCUGAAGCAAAUUUGGUUCAAAUCAGUUACGUGGUUCACAAGUUAGCCCACUUGUGCCUCAAAAGUUCAUGCAUCUGCCAUCUUGAAUUGGGGAGGAUAAUAUCAUCACAAAUUAUAACAUUGAGAUGUCCCUGCGUGUCACUCACUACAACUGUACCUAAUUUGGUUCAAACUGGCUACACAGUCCACAAGUUAGUCCAAUUGCACCUCAAAUGUUCACAUGGCUGCCAUUUUUAAUUGGGGUGGAUCACAUCAUCACAAAUUACACUGUCCAGGUGUCCCUAUGUGUCCCUAUAUCUGUAACAAAUUUGGUUCAGAUCGGUUAAGUGGUUCACAAGUUAGCCCAUUUGCACCUCAAAAGUUUACGUGUCCACCAUCUUUAACUGGGGUAGAUGACAUCAUCACAAACAACACUGUGGAGGUGUCGCUAUGUGUCCCUGCAACUGUACCCAAUUUGGUUCAUAUUGGUCCAAUCGUUGCAAAGUUGAUAGGAGGGGACACACACACACACACGGACACACAGAAUGCCUGGUGAUCUCAUAAGCCUACUGGAAAGUAGGCUAAAAAUCAAGAUUUGUUCAAAUAUCAUGUGAGCGGGGCAGAGCUGAUUUCUAAGUUAUGGAGCUUCUUCGAGUGCCUCUGCUUUCUCAGUGCCUCUGCUUUCUCAAUAACAUUUCUCAGUGUUAUAACAAUAACAUUGCACUGGCAUCUCUGUGGCCACAGGAUGUUGCUAAAUGUACAGGGCUAAUUUAGAUUGGGGCUCCAAUCUCUUUAUACCCCCCAGUGCAAAUGCACCUUUCCAGUCUCCUAGUCAUGGCUAGGAGCACAGCUGGGUACAUGUUGCAGGGCCUCUCCCUGUCAAACCCUCUUCCUGUGCAAAAUGCCUCUGCCCUUCCAUGUUUUGCUUUAAUCAGUAGCAUUCCCUCUGCAUGUGGGAAAAGGGAGGAGGGAGGGAAAGGGAAAGCCCGUGGCACCAUAGGUGGCAUCAGAGGAGGCAUAAAGCCACCCCCACCAGAGAGUAGAUCUCCCGGCCCAUUGCUAAAUGAUAAACUAGCUUUUAAAAUAAGGCUGCAUCCUUAAAUUGAAUUGAAUUUGCAAGAUUACUUAUUUGAAAGUUAGCUCCAUCAUCAGAACCAACAGGACUUACUCCAGAUAAAAAAUGUCACGGAUGGGGGCAUUAAUGCGAUAUAUAAAUCCAAUAUGUGGGACAAAGCUCCCAUUCCCAGUUGUGCACUUUGCUCCUUCUGUGCCCUCCCAAGAUAUAUAUUUUUCUGAUGAUGCCACUCAUGCUCCCCAUCUCCUAAAGGAGGUCAGGAAUGUUAUACCUGCACCAGUAUGUUGUUACAGGUAGUAAGCCAUAGGAGAAAGCCGGCUAUUACAAGAUAAUGCAGCUAUUUUCUUUUUAAAAUAACUUUUUUUAAUGCCCAGGUUUUUUUUUUGUUGUUGUUGUGAAGAAAAAGAUGAAGAAUAUCCGUAGUUGUUAUAGAUAACCAGUAACGUUUUUGAUUGCUUCGGGUAUCUGAAAACUCAAUCUGGCACUCUUAAACAACACAAAAUCAGUGAUAUCAAAAUUUAACAUUGACUUAUUUUUCUCUCCUACAAAUUGGAUUUUUCAGUAAUUACCAAUCAUAUUAUCCUUAACAGUUUUGAAAUCUGCUAUGUUAAUACAGCUCUAUGAUCCAAAAUUAUUGGGUAAAAUUUUUAUUUAUUUCACCAGGCAUUGAGUUAAGAUGACAAUAGCAUCGUUUAAAAUCUCAGCUAUCUUAUAUUUUAAAUAUCCCAAGAUUUCUUCCCUGGUUUUUCACAGACAGAUCUUAGCAGCAUAUAUGUGAAGCUGGUUUGGUUUCGUUGCUUUUGACUCAGUGCGCAAUUGCAUUACUAUGCACGUACGCAUCAAAUCACAUUUGCCUUCUUAAGUAAUCGGCAGACUGGGCUACAUCACGGCUCACCCGGACUCCAGAGCAUUUCUGAAUAAUUUAAAUUGCACUGGUCUCAAAACAGAUCCUUGGGAACACCGCACUGCGUGCUUCUCUGAAUUGUGAAAAAUGUCUUUCUAGUCCUACUCUCUGUCUCUGAGGCAGCAGGAACUGGGCUAAGGGAGCCCAGCCCAGUUCCUGCUGCUUGUGUGCUGCAACAGGAGCCACACAGCUCCCGGCGGUGGCUCAGCAGCAAGCCCGCUUACAGAGCCCGCAACUUAGCCAGGGUUUCGGGCCAAAAACUGGGUUAAAAGAUUGUGUGUCGGCACGGCUCUGCGGCACAGUGACUCAUGAGUAGCCUCCCGACUGGGGGGCUACAACAAGACUUCCAGCAUUGGGAGGCUCCCCACAAGGCCCUGCACACCUGCGCGGUGCCUUAUGGAUUUUCUGCAGGCCGGGAAGCCCCUGAUCUCCGCCACCCCUACCAGCUUCAUGACAGAGCUGGUAAUCAUCAGGGCGGCUGAUCCAGCUGCCCAGGGUGGGCUCCCUGCUCGUCUGUUGGGAGCGUGGGUCAAGCCUCCCCUCUCCACAAACCCUGUUUGGCUCUACACACAUUGCAUGUGUAGAGCCUUUCUGUGUCUUGUUCUUUGGCCAACUACUGAUUCAUAAAAGGUCAUUAUCCCAUGACUUCUGUUUACGUAGAAGCCUUUGGUAAAGAGCUUUGUCAAAAGCUUUUUGAAAACUCUUUUAAUGUCUAGCAGAUUACCCUAUCUAUAUGUUGGUUGACACUUCUAAAAUUCAAGAAGGCUGAAGUCAGCACUGCUCUUUAGAGAAGAUUUGCUGGUUCUUCAUCAGAAGAUUUGCUGGCUCUGCAACUGAAGAUGCUGCCUCACCAACUUCAUAGAAUAUUUGAGAGAGCAUCAACUAGUUCAUGAACCUUCUCCUGAACUGCUACACCUGAAAGAGCAUCACGCACGCCAUUCAUUGCAGCAAGGGAUGCAGUUCUACAGAAUGGAAUUGCCAACUAAACAGAAAAGAAGCAGCUUGAUCCACAGAAGUCAGUAUAUUAAGCUUUUCGCAGCAUAGAGGUAACUGUGAUCACUGCUGCUGUCUGCAGAUCACUGUUGAUAUCUGCUGUUAAUGGCAGAGGAGCAGGGACCAGUUAAAAGGUGGGCGGGGGUAGGAAUUGACAGCCCUGCCGAAUCCAAAUCUCAUCUGUCAUAAAUUCCAGCAUUUAACAAAUGUAUAAAACCAAGAAAAUAUAAGUGAGCAUUCAAAUAAGAAAGUGUUCUGAAAGACAAACCCAGAAUUUGCUCAAAGUGCUUUCCACCUGUAUUGGCCCUUUGUCUUCCAUUGCACUGUGAGUAUGGAUUGUCCGUGUCAGAACUCUUACAGUAUUUGGCAUUGUAGUAACUAUUUGACUUGUGUUGUAAAAGUGGUGAUGUUGCUAUUAGACAGUUAUUGGCUAUGUAACAGAAAUAAAAGGUACUC